GGCGCUUGCUUCCUGCUCUGAUCGACGAUUGCACGACACGCAAAUAUCUGAUAUACGACCGCGAUGACCGUACGCUUUGCGAACUGGAGACUCGCAUUCUUCGUGACAAUACUGUGCUUCUCAGCAACUGUCCUGGGUAUCACAGCCUACUUUGCCUCGAUAUUCCUCCCAAACCUCCAUCAUGACUUUACGAUCUUCGGAAUCGUCGUCUCGACGUUAACGAUACUCGCGUUCUUAAUCAUAUUGCAGUGGGCUCAACCUAGGAUCGAAGUCCCGGUACUGUUUGUUCUCGGCGUCCUAUGGCUCGCCCUCGCCUCAUGGGCAACAGACUCGAUCGGGAACACGCAGUGCGAUGGGCUGGCAGGACAGGUCACGGCCACGAAGAACGGCAGCAUGAGCGCCGCGGCUUAUUGCCGCGAGAUGCGGGUCGUGCAGGCGUUCUCGUGGAUGAACUUCUGCCUUUUCGUCAUCGCGUUCUUCAUCAUCCUCAGCCUCAUCUCGCAGGCGCAACGCUUCGGCCGCCCCGACAUCUGGGCCGCGCCUAUCCGAGAACUCGGCUGGUUCGGCGAGUACCCCGGCUACUACAACUAUGGCAACGGCGUGCACAACCCCGCCGCGCAGGGGAUGCCCCCCGCGGGCUACCCGCAGUACCCCUACCCCUACAUGCCCGGCUAUCCCCAGAUGCAGCAGCCGAGCCCUGGCACGGCCAUCGUCAUCCAGCCUGGCAUCAACGGCGCGCCGCCGACGAUCACGCAGGUGCCGGCGAGCACGGUGUAGUGCGUGAGGGUGGGCGCGGUUGGACGUUGGCCGCUGUUUACCGACGACCGAUCUACAACCUCAAGGGCUCAGGCUGCGCCUGCGUCUGACUGGUGUGAUCAAUGGACUGGGACAUCCUACCCUAUACUGCGCUACCUACUUACCGCCUGCCGUGCCGAGGACACACCGCUCACCACAUCGAAGACCCCGACAAGCGAGGGCGGAGCAUAGGACAAAAAGGCGGACACUGUACAACUACUGACCCGGGUCUGCGACCGCUUCUAUUUUAACUGGUUAUUCUCCGAGUUACUUACAGGUUGUCGGCUAUCUGGCAUCUCUGGCAUCUUUAUGUAGAACAUAUCGCUUCCAGCUCGAAUGAAAAAAUAUAGAUUGCUUCUGCGCUUC